AUGUGCUACUAUCUGAUCACGUACUGCGAAUUCCGGUGUGGGCACCAUGUCCCCACCAGAAGACACUACCUUGACUGCAAUAGGUCGGUGUGCAAAAUCAGCGCACGUCACAAGAGUUUUGAGCACAACUGCCUUGCCGAAUGCGACCAAGAAAUGUUAGUCGACCAGCAUCUCGUGAUGGAGAGGGACCGUGGUGAUUGCGACGCAUGCCGCGGAGUUACUCCGGCGACAGUGGUAGAGGGUGCCAAUGGACACAGUGAUUCGGACGGCUCGGGAGCGGAGAACAGUGGAGUAGAUGAGUAGUCGAAAGAGUGAAGAAUUCGAACGGCAAGGACGAUCCGUAGCAGAAAUCAUUUCCACAGACAACGUACAUUCUAUAGAGCUUGCAUAAACCCUCUUGAUCAUGAGAGCCAUACUAAUCAGAGAGCCCUCGCGGAGAGAUGGUCACGGAGAUUGGAGCCGCCCUUACACUCUGCCUCUCAACCUUCGACGGCCUCCACGUUGACGCACCAAACCGAUAGCCUGGCGCCUCGAAUAGGACGACUCGCGACAAUGCGUCUGGAGAUGAUAGCACGUAAACGGCGACAGGGUAUUGUGGAAGUUAGGGAUCCAUGGAAAGGCCAUGUAGUCUUGGGUUGUCAUGAGGCCCAUGGAACCGUCAGACCCGAGCCUACCGUCCUAUCGCGAUCUGGGCUGCAUUCGAAGGAUGCCUGGGCGGUGAAUACGGCUGAGCAGACCCCAGGACGUGGGUAGGGGAGAGAGAUCGGCGCCAGGAAAAAAU